GCAGUUACUACUUGAUCGCCAAUAGCAGCGUUUCAGAAAGAGCCAGUUGAAUGUUUUGGACAAUUUACGCACACAACUGCUAAAUCUCCCAUGUUUCGGAGAUGUGAAGGAAAUUGAUGAAUUAAUUUCUCACUUGCAUACUGAACUCGAAAAUGACUGCAGGACGUAUGAAUACGAAAACAAAAGCCUCUAUGAAUCCCUAACGAUCAGUAAUGCAAACGAGGCAGUCGCUCAUGAUCCGUUCAGCGAUUCAGAAAUGUCCAAGUCAGAAGCAUGCCCUGCCGUGGGUUCAAAUCCCACUGUGCCCGAAACAUGUGAGGUAUCCACCUCACAAGAACUCCUCGUGCCAGAAAAUGUGUCCCAUGCAUCAAAUAAUGGUCAGGAAUCUAAUAGAAAUUUCAAAGAUGCUGUUUAUUCUAGUGACCUAUUAUCCACUGAUGGAAUUUUGAAGAGGUCUGAUGAAUAUGUUUCACAAGAAUCAAACCUUAAUGACCUCAUGUCUGGUGUCGCUGAUCCUCAUCAUCUAGUCAGUUCUAGUGAACCCUCUACUCAAUGCGCAAAAUAUGCUUUAAAUGGAAUCAGACUAACUGUUACUUGGGUAUAUGAGGACCCAACAUUAUUUCGUGGGGGAGGACGGACGCAGAAAAUUCUAAAAUUCGGAUAUCAACUCCGGAUCCUGAAAAAGAGGGGGUGUUAGGAUGUGCAGAAAAAUAUACCAAUAGUUAUCAUGUUAAGUCGAAU